AUAACGUCAAGGUACUAUUGUAGCCUUGUUAGCAGUUAAGCUAGGCUAGCAUCAAUGAAAGCCUCAUAGCUUACGUAGUUACCCCGUUUUAUUCGAAGGAGGCUAUCGGCACAUUAAAAUAUAUGUUUCGUUUAUCUGAAGCUAAUUUAUGUGUGCUUCAGUUUUAUUUGGGAUUAAUCUAAACAGACUCAAUAAAACUACAUUUUAACUUUUAAAUUGUUUUGUCUAUUCCACGUCAGAAAAAGCCUUAAUGUCGUUAAUAAGGGAAUGGCACCUGCUAAUGUGUGCGCAUUGCUGCAGGACUUUCAUCGAAAGUACGGAUAAGCCCUGUUGGAUGUAUUCAGUGUAUCCCGAAUUUACCUGACCACCUCCACAAAGCUAAAUAAAACCCCAUCUUCAUGCUAGGAUUGGUCGGUUGCUUUGUGCGUGUAGCAGGCUGUUUUUGGGUGAUUGUAAAGUGUGGUUUGGUGUGACCCAGCAGAGAAAGAAAAUGUAUUAUUUGCUGGACACUGGUCAGCUCCUCCCUGGACCACAGUCGCACAUAGCAUUGGUUGCAAGGACAGCCUUUGUAAUGACCCCUUGAAACGCAGCAAUGGCAUCCAACAGCACGCGGAGUCAAAAAGACCACAGAAAGUGGGGUGUUUUGAAGCCUUUCACUUCCACCGCUCGCCAGGCCUGAUUUACGACUUUCUCUUAUUCUUCGGUAAAGAUAAAGAAGGUCAAGUCGAGAAUUGAGUCUCUGGAUGAAGAUUAACGUUAAAACAAUGAUCCUCUGGCAGCUACCGCUAGGACCAGCGGAGGCUUCAUUUCGGGGUGCUGUCCGCAAUGCAGGUGCUGAAAUUGAAAAAGUGUCGUGGAGCGCAGUCUAAUAACACGUAGCGUUAUCUGUCCUGUUGCAGUUGCAGGCGUUGUUUGUAGUUAGACCGCUUAAGCUUUAGCUGCCUCUGUUUUCCUUUUAAUGCUUUUGUUGAUGACAUAAACAUGACUCUCUGUGAGGACGUGAUUAUUGUGGAGAGUAACCCAGACUGCAUCUUUCCAUAAAAUACAAGCAACAGAUUUAGAGAAGAUGCUGGAAGGGAAGCUUCUGUUUACAGUGUGGAAUCCAAGGUUGAAGGAUGCACGUUUGCGUGCAGUUUCAGCGUCAUUACAGGGCGUGACAGCGAAGGAGUUGUGGCUGAGGAUAGUAGCUAUUUGCUAAUGUUUCGUUCUGCUGCUGCAGUUCAUUGAUUAUUUAUAUUCUCUGUGUGGGGAAAUACUGGUUGCUACAUUAGGAAAAGAGAGUCAAGUAAACACGCUCAAAUGGCAAGGAUUUACAUCUUAGAGGAACUGUCUUUCUUUAAUUCACUGAGCAUCCAUACACUUUUUGAAUCACCUCCAUGCUAUGGCAUGAGCCAUAUUACUAAAGUUGGCUGAGGUCACGUCUUUGCAAGCGGAAAGCUAUCAAAGCUAUUCUAGGAAGGAGAUGGGAUGAGAGAUAUGCUUGCAGCGCAGGGUUUACCGGAAGGACCGCACAUUACUCAUCAAUAAUAGAUUAUCUCCUCAGCCUUUGUGACACACCCCCAGCUGUAUGUGCCAGGCUGUGUUUUGGUUAUCACAUGUUUUCAUGGCAAAAACACACAGGCACGUGAGAGCUAAAACUAGGGAGCAUGUUAGGUCAGGUGCAUGGGAUGUAUUAUUCAUAUAAGUUAGAUGAUGUAAGAGUGAGAAGCUCAGAGAUGUUUUAUUGAAACACACUUAUGAUUGCAGUCAGAGGCUGCCUCUGUAUACAGGAGGGGAUUUUAGCAGAGAUCAGUGUUCUCUGAAGCCUCAGCACAGUUUAACAGAGGGUGGAGAUAUUGAGACUCGCCUCUGGAGACAAGGAUGCUCAGUGAAGAGAGUGUGGAAGAAGGUGGGGCAAGCCACACCCAGUGUCACUCACUGUGACAUCUGUUAAUGUGUUCAGCUUUGAUUUAGUGUUAUGACUGAUGGUGUUAUGGACACUUAAUGAGAGGAUUAUGUAAUAGAGACAUAUGUUAUGCUGUUUCACUGUUGGGGUCUGUUAGAUAUUUUGAAUUUGAAAGACUCUCUCACAGAGGAAAAAUAUUUCCACUGCUUCGCCUUAUCAAAUUACAAGAUAAUAUGUAAAUUGGAUUAGUACAUAUUAGAUUAGUGUUACCUUUCAGAUGCCUUUUUUAAGGCCAGCAGGGCCCACUCUGGAUUAUAAAUCAAUAGCCUAAUUUCAGUGAUUGGUUGUUAAGUACAGCAAGCCAUUACUGUUGCCUGGCCUUUCUCUGCUAUGGUCUUAUUCUAGCAUUGACGCAGGCAAUAAUGAUAUCCGACACAGCUACUGUGCAUAACAAACAACAAACAGAGUUGUCGUUUUUGCCUUUGGAUGAUCAGUUUAAAUGUGAAAUGCCCUUCUUUGUAAAUGGGGUUAAUGGUAUCAUCCCGUAUGUAGAUUGACUGGUUUGCUUAGAAAGCAAAGUUAGACCGUAUCCUAAAUCUCACGUUUACAGCCAAAUGGGUGAGAACUGAUGUGAUUACUUUUUUUAUGGUCCUCUUCUCUGUCUCUCUUUUUUUUUUUUACUCUCUCUGUCUCUGCCUCAUCUCCUUUCUGUCAUGUCCGCCUGGAGGUUGCGAGGCCAGUUGUGUGUCCGAACAAAAUCCACCAUGGCGUCAGCAAAUGUAACACUGGAAAAUCAGUUGCAGAGUGCACAGAAAAACCUGCUCUUCCUCCAGCAGGACCACGCCAACACGCUGAAGGGGCUGCACGCAGAGAUCCGCAGAUUACAGCAGCAGUGCACAGACCUGACGUAUGAGCUCACUAUCAGAAGCUCCGAUCCCUCAGACAGCAGCGAGGCCCGAUGCAGGGAGCUGCAAAGGAGGUGUGAGGAGCUGGAGGCCCAGUUGAAGAAGAAAGAGGAGGAGAACACAGAGCUUCUCAGGGACCUGGAGCAAAAGAACGCCAUGAUUUCUGUCCUGGAAAACACCAUCAAAGAAAGAGAAAAGAAGUACCUCGAGGAGCUUAAGAUGAAGAGCCAUAAACUGGCUGUUUUGUCUGGGGAGUUAGAGCAGAGAGCCAGUACCAUUGCUUACCUUACCUCACAACUACACGCCACUAAGAAAAAGCUGUUAGCCAGCAGUUCCUCUGAGGCCAGCCCUAAUGCCAGUCCUGUCACGUCGUACAAGCCCACGCCUCCACCGGCCAAGGACAGGCAGCCUGAAACCCCACGUCGCCGCAUGAAGAAGAGCCUCUCCCAGCCUCUACAUCCAGAGUUGACAGAGGUGUAUCGCCUUGGAGCGGACGGUAGACGGAUGGUGCUGCGGGAGACAGUGGAUGCCAUGCCUGACCCAACACCCUUCUUGCAGGCAGGCAGAGAGUCUCCUGAACCACAGGUAGUUCGUGAGCGGCCUGCUGUCAUCCCUCCUAUCGCCUCUGAGCGCUCGCAUGCUCCUCCACUGGGCGCUACGGCAAGUCCGCGACACAGCCCCGCACGGGACCGUCAGUACAGGGCUCACGUGGGCGUGGCACACCGCAUUCCACAUGGCACUCCUCCCCUGGCUCCGCCACAGGCGGAUGUGGAGACUCUGGCAGUGGACCAGGUCAACGAGGAGAAGGUUGUGCGGAAGCGCUCGGGAGCCGACAGGACAGUUUAACACUGCACUGCAAACCUGCACCUUAAAUGCACAUCUACUGUAUACACACCACACUGCAAGAACAAGAAGCAGCCUGAACCACUUUGUAGCCUGCUUUUUACGCAACACUGCAAUAUUAAAAAAGAAAUUAUGAAAGUAUAUUAUGAUUUGGUGAUGGUAUUCCAUUAGGACUUUUGUUUUUUUCAUAUACAGUAGAAAUGGACUACUAUAAAGCAUGCCAAAUGUUUAUUUACUGUACACCCCAGUGAGUCCUUGUACUAUCACACAUUGACUUUUUGCUUAGGCUUUCACUUCAUUCUGUCUUACAUGGUGCACACAACAAAUUCUUAGCCAAAUAUCUGCAUCAGUGCCUGCUGAACCAGUUUCACCAUACACGAGCUGCGUAAUGUAGUCAUGGCUAAUAGUUAUCUUUACAUAGCUCUGUCUGCUUCAUCUUCUCUGGACAUAUCAACAAACUGUAUAACAAGCUGUGUGCAGCUGCUUAGGAUAGAGCUGAAAUAAUUAAACUAUUAUUCCCUGAAUGUCUUUCAUCUGCUUGUGAUAUCAGUAUAAUAACAGCCCUGUAGGUAUGAGCUGCGUAAUAUGCAAUUAGACGAUUGCCGGUUGCGAAGGUGAAAACUGGACUCUCAUCUUUUCCUUUGCUGACUGGGAGAAACAGCAAUAGGCGUGAGAGAGAGAGAGAAAGCGAGUGCGUGUUUCUUAGAGACAGUGUAAGCCACUGUGACAACUAAAUUUUAGUUUCAACAUUUAUCCAUUGAUGUUAUUUGUCAUGCAAGGGCAUUUUUUUCAAAAACACUGCUGUAAUAGGAUUUUUGUGAUAUUAUUAAUUGUACUUUAUAAAAGCUGUACAUUUGUAAUGAAUUCCUUUUUUUUUUUUUAUUAUUGAUUGUAGGACUCAAUAGAAAGUACAACAACACCUCAGAUAUUCACUGUAGUUACACCACCAAUGUGACGGUAAUUAAAAUCACUAAAUAAUC